GCAAAUUUGAACACUUUUUUUAUAUAGUUUUUCCAGCCAUAUCUAAAUAUAGCCAUGAAAGUACGUCAAAAUCAUUGAUCUCGUGUAAGUAUAGACUUUUGCAGAGACUUUUAUAAGGGCAUCUUUUUCUUUUCAAUCACUAGUUGACAAUUUUUUUUCGAUCACAAUGAUCACAAUACUUUUGCACAGACUUUAUCUCAUUAUAAUUAAAUAUUUUUCAUACUCAGCUUUUUCUUAAUUUUUUAAUCAUUUAAUCACAAAAGCAAACUGUACGACCACAGUAAUUAAUAAAUACCAUUAGAAUUUUUUCAUGCAAUCAUAUUAAUAAUAGCAGAUCAUGUUCAAUAAGUAAAUAUUGUUUUUGGUUAUAGAGACGAAGGUACACAUAAUUUACCACCUAAGAUAAAUUUUUUGCCACAAAUAUAUUUCCAUAAUAUAGUGUACGUAGUAAAAAAAGGAGCCGUAUUUUUGAUACAUCCAAAUAUGCCACAGUUUGGUUUCUACUGAUCCCUGAAAGUAUUGGAACGAACAAGCUUCAUGGCUAUCCCAGAGGAUAUGACUGUCUCACCGUAUUCCGAAAAAGAAAGGACUGUAAAACGAAGAAGAAAACCAAAAACGACUGCGGUCCGUAACACACGGGAGAAAGAGAAAGGUGGUGAAACGAUAUACAGGUCUUUACAAGUAAAUGUCUAUCCAAAUCACUCACAAUCGCAACUGUUGAAACGGUGGAUAGGAUUAUCGAGAUAUGCGUAUAAUUGUGUUAUCAGGAUAAGUAAGCAAAAACGUUACUAUGAGAAGGAUUGUGCGUUGGGUCCUGCGCAACUGAAAUGGGUAACAUUGCAACCAUACGCUAUGCGCUGAUGCGCAUGCAGUAGUUCGUCUUGGCAUGCUGCUGCGUGGGAUCCUGGGAAUAACUCCCGCUGCCAUUAUUGACGAAACCAUAGACGAGGCGCUGAUGGCUAAAGAAGAGGUAGUUAGACGAAACGUUGAUAGACAGCAGGGUCCUCCGCCACAUUCUUAUCUUAUAUGUCAUUAAAGUUUCGACUGAUUACAACAAACUCAAGUAUGAAACUAACAGAGAACUCUGGCCUUUGCAUUUUGAGAAGAGGAGAAAAAAUAAUAAAUGGCCUUUUCCGCACAAGGUGUGUUGCAGUAGCAAGCUUACAUAUUCUCGUAAACUAAAAGAUUCAUUAAUAGUAAUAACUUAUGUAAUGAGGACGUGGCAGGACCAAACAAAUAAGUGAUUUGAGUGAAUGUAGAGAUCAAAGAGUGUAAUUUAAUUUGAUAAAUCUUUGAUUUAUUAAGUAAUAUUGCUUUUAUAGUGUGUCAAUUCUAAGGUGACUCGUAUCUCAUUACGGUUUUUCUUAUUUAACCAUGCAAAUCAUCAGCUUGAGUUGGACAUACAUAUCUUAAUUAGUCUUAAUCACGUAUUUGCCUUAAAACGAAAAUAUUAUUGCAAGUAGGAUUUUCAGCUUUUGCAAUAAAAGUAUAUAUUUGUAGGUAUACAGAACAUCUUAAUGACGAGAAGUACCAACAUCAUUAUCAAAGAAUCGAAAUCGCAUUGUCGUUUCAAAACAUCAGAUGUUUAAUACCAUGAUUACCAUCCAAAUUGGGUUUCUAUACUUAACGACUACCUCUAUAAAAACAGUUAAUUCUUUUGUAGACGAAUAGUUACGGUUUGAUAAAAUGGAGAAGAGAACAAAAUAAGAGAUCAGAAUAAAUAACCUAUACGAAUACUGUCAUUAAAAUCCUUGAUGAAAAAAUGAAGCAUGUAAAUUGUUAUAAAUAUAACUUAUAACUGUGCCCUGCCCUGGGCUUAAAACAUUAAGUUGGCGGUAACAUGAGUGAAAGCUUAUGGCAAUGUUGUUUGGGUAGUUUACUACUAUGGUAGAUAGAGGUGCCUGCAGUUCUUUUUAGUUUGUAAUUUUUUAUAUCAAUUGUUUUGUACUGUUUAAAUACAGUAUAGUAUAUAUCUGAUAUAUAAUAAUAGUCUUUAUGUUUUUUAUAAAUGGACAUUACGCCAGAGAAGAUAAUUCAUUGAUAAUGUAACCCGCAUCGUCAUCUAUUUAAUUGUAUCUUUUGAUGUAGUGACGGUGUCAUAGUAUGAUUUCCGAUUCAUAAUAACUUAAUACGUUAAAUUUCAGACUGAAUCUCCAAUUAACAUAAUGAUAUUGUAUUUAAUGUUUGAUCAUGAUAAUUCCCAUUUCUUGAAACUCAUAAUAUGAUAUAUAAAAAAAAUUUGUUUGCAGUUACCAUUCAACCAUAUAAAUGUCAUCGAUUCAAAUCGGACUCGAGCUCUAGUCAACGUUAUAACUUUAACUAAUAUAAUUUUAAUUAUGAUACAAAGAAUAUUACUAUACCUAAACUUUUUCCGUUACAUAUUUCGAUUAUUUCAUGCAUCCAAUUGUAGUUACAUAAUAAUAAUUAUCUUUUUUGAAUCGAAAAAUAUAUAUAACUUUUAUCAUUAUAUUAAUAAUCAAUAUCUCACUUAAG